AUGGCCCCUUCCACGCAUACCGCCGCUGUCGUCACUGAGGAGAAAACAGUAGAAGUGAAGAAGGUUGCAGUACCGACACCUGGCGAAGGAGAGGUACUUGUCAAGGUAGUCGCAGCUGCGCUCAAUCCGACCGACUGGAAGACCGCCAAGAUUCAUACCAAACCCGGCUCUGUUUCUGGCUGUGAUUUUGCCGGUAUCGUUGAAGAGCUUGGCCCGGGUGCUGCAGGUGUGAAAGUUGGCGACCGAGUUGCAACGUUUGUAGCGGGAGGACGUUCGCCAAACGGUGCAUAUGCUGAAUACGUUGCCGCGAAAGCCCACUUCCUUAUCCAUCUCCCGGACUCGUGGACAUUUGAGCAGGGCGCACAGCUUGGGAUCGCCAUCUACACCACCUUCCAAACGCUCUAUCAGAGCCACGAUCUUCCUACACCUCUGGCCGUAACGUCCGAAAGCACCCCCCUCCUCGUCUACGGCGCCUCCUCCGCUGUCGGCCUGUACGUCUUGCAGGUCGCUAAGGCCGCCGGGCUGAAGACCUAUGCUCUCUGCUCUCCAAAGAACUUUGACUUGGUCAAAGCGUUCGGCGCCGAUGAGACGUUUGAUCGUAACGACCCCGAGGCCAGCAACAAGAUCAAGACUGCCUCAGAUGGAAAGAUCCAGGUUGCUGUUGACACCAUAUCAGAGCACGACUCCGUCAAGACCAUCGUCAACGCUUUGUCCUCCGAGGGCGGGAAGGUCGCGACCAUUCUGCCAUACGCAGACAAAGAUCGGGCUGUUCUGGGGUCCAAAUAUACCGCUGAGUUCUCUCUCGCUUACGAUCUAAUCGUCGACCGUCCAAACGCACCUUCUCGCCUGGGCGAUGCAGCUGGAUAUGCAAAGCUCGCGACGCAGCUCCUGGCAUCAGGCAAAGUCAAGCCGACGCCCAUCCGCGUCUGGGAGAAGGGUCUUGAGGGUGUCGAUGAUGCUAUGGAAUACAUGAAGGCCGGAAAGGUCAGCGGAGAGAAGAUCAUCUUCCGCAUCGCCGACACGCCUGGUCUCUCGUCGUGA